AUGGCCUUGCUUGUUGAGGAUGCCGCAGUAGAAACCUUGUUUCACUCCGCGAUACUGCACAUGUUUCACUGUGAAACUACUGUGGCAAAGACUGGGAAAGAAGCUGUGGAUUUGUUCCUUGAGGGGAAAAAGUUUGAUAUUGUUCUGUGUGAGAAGGAGAUGCCCGUAAUGAAUGGCCUGGAGGCAGUUGAGAAGAUUCGUGCUAUCGGAGAAACUGAUGUGAAGAUUGUUGGGGUUUCGGUUGAUUGUAAUGCCAUGGAGGCGUUCAUGAGCGCUGGUGCUGAUGUAUUUGUGCCCAAACCAAUCACACUAGAUGUUCUCAGCCCUAUUAUUCAGGAGAUCAUCAACAAGAAGAACAAUGCAAUGGUCUAG